AACGUCGUCGUCGGAAUCGAUUCGGGAGCAGUUUUGUGCAAAAUUUAGGGUACUUCAACCGCGGGACGUGCAUGUCCACCUUCCGGCCGUCGGCGGCGCGACCGGCUAGUGUUUCCGGUUACCGGUAAGAGUCGAAUUCGCGACGGAGAGCGGCGGUUUCCGUUCGGAACAAAUCCAAGAAAAGAAAAAACGGUGUUUUCUCCUAAAAUUAGUAGGUAGCCUAGUUUCAAACGGUUGAGCGCGGCCAGUCUGGUGAGAAAAAUUCGGAAAAUAUGCGUGAAAAGCACAUUGUGUUAUCAAUCGAAGUGGCGAGCCCGGCCCAAAGAAUCAAAAAAAGCGGAAGAAAGUAGUGUAGAGCAGCAGUGAGGAAAUUGGGUCUCGUGGCCAAAACCGACAUCGCCAAAGCUGCGCAGUGGGGAGUCUCGAAAAUUACCAUGCUGAAUGAAGAGGAAACUAAUUGAAUCAGAGAGUGGUGCAACACUUCCAGCGACCCAACGACGAACGACGUUCCCGAUGAGACAAGAAUCUCAAUCAAGUUGUGAGUUGCAAGAAGAAAGCUGGACAUUUGCAGAGUGAAAACCUAAAAAAUUCCGCAAAAAUGAUGGACGAAGACGCGCUGAUUGCGCGGGCCAAGGAGGAACGGGCCAAGAUUUUCCAGCGCUAUGACCUCGGCCGGAACGCGGGCGCCGUCAUCGAUCCCUGGGAGGAUCCGAUGUACGAGGUGUACCACCAGACCGAUCGCUAUGGCUUCAUCCACGACAAACGGCUCCCGCAGAAGCACGACCCGCACGAGAACAAGGCGCGGGAGAUUGAGAUGGAGCGGGUCAAGAAGUGGCUCAAAAUGCUCGGCAAGUGGGACGACAAGUCCUCGCAAGCCAAGCUGCACAAGCGCGUCUACAAGGGCAUCCCGGACAAGCUGCGGGCGCGGGUCUGGGCGAAGUUGCUGGGGCUCGAGGAGGUGAUGGCCGACCGGAAGAACCGGGACAAGUACCAGGAGAUGCUGGAGCUGGCCCGCAAGUGGGGCACGGAGGCGCGCCAGAUCGACUCGGACGUGAACCGGCAGUUCCGGGAGCACAUGAUGUACCGGGAGCGGUACAGCAUCCGGCAGAAGAGUCUGUUCAACGUGCUGGUGGCGUACAGUAUGUACAACACGGAGGUCGGUUACUGCCAAGGAAUGUCCGGUCUGGCCGGAGUUCUGCUCAUGUACAUGAACGAAGAGGAAGCAUUUUGGGCGCUUAGUAUACUGUUAUCCGAUAAGAAGUACGCUAUGCACGGUUUGUUUAUUGAGGGCUUCCCCAAGCUUACCCGCUUCCUAGCGCACCAUGACAAGAUCAUUGCCAAAUUCAUACCAAAGCUGAAGAAACACUUUGACCAGUACAACCUGGACUCGAUACUGUACUCGCUGAAAUGGUUCUUUGUUGUGUUUAUCGAACGGAUACCGUUCAACUUGUGCUUGCGCGUGUGGGACAUUUACCUGCUGGACGGCGAAAAGGUCGUAACGGCCAUGGCGUACACGAUCCUGCGCAUGCACAAGACGAAAAUACUGAAGCUCAAAGACAUGGAUCUGAUUGUGCAAUACAUACAGACUAAGCUGCACGUCGAUUUCGGCUACGAGGAUGACGUUGUGAUCCAAAAUCUGGAAAAGUGCAUGGACGAGCUGCGGAAGGCCGGCCUGGAGCUGCCACCGCCGCCGGAACCGAUCGAGCUGCCCAAGAAACCGUUCGGCGUGUUUGUGGAGCCCACGGUGGAGGCGAAGAUUGGUCGCCGCAAGCAAGAGUUCACCGAAACUGAGAAAGAAGUAACGGAAACGGUUAAAAUCAAACGCGAAAUUACUGCCCAAGAAGUUGCCACGCUAAAUCAGGAGGUCGCCACGGGAAGUGGUUCCAAUAGUCAGCUAAAUGCCGUGCACGUUCCCGAGUCGGAGGACGGCGGUUCGCUGCUGGGCAGUUCGCGCAAGUCCCUGGCGGACACGUCCGUGACGUCGACGGCCGACCUGAGCGUCUUGUCCGGGGGCCACAGCCAGCGGUCCCAGCAGGCCUUCGAGAUGUACUACGACGAGCAGCCGCUGCAGCAACAGAACCAGCACCUCCACCAGCCCCAGCUCCAUUCGAAGCCGAUCGAAAGUGGAGAAGAUGACGGAGGUGGCGACGGAGGCGAAAGUAGUCCCGGAUUACGGAAACGAGCGGUUAUUAUCGGGGCGAAAUACAAACCCACCAAGGGCCCAACGUCCGCCAUCGGCUCUAUGAGCGUGGUAGCGCGCAGCCCUUCGGCGACCCAGCUGGCGACACCACGCGCCAUGUCCCCCCAGGACGUGGUCCGCAUCUACGUUCCGCCGGCCCCGCCCGAGGAGAAGCAGCAGCAGUCGCACCCGCUCCAAAAGGGCACACCCAACUCGGCGUCGACGACCACGGUGGUUGCGGCAGCGAUGAAGAAGGAUUCGCCGGGUCGGAACACGAACCGGUACUCGAACGGGUCGAAUUACUCUGGGGGUGGUGGUGGGGGGACGCCGGUGGUUGUUAGUCGGGCGAGUAAUUACAAUGACGAGGAGGAGGAAGAGGCAAAGACGCGGCGGAACAGCGAGAUUGAGCUGUAUAGUGGGCGGUUUGAGUACGGGAGUGAUUACGGGACGACGACGUCGUCGAUUCAGAACUACGGGGUGAACGGGCGGUCGACGUCGAGCUCGAGGAGGGGAAGUAUGUCGCGGAAGAGUCCGGCGCCGAUGCUGGACGGGGAGUUUAUUAUUGAGUGUAGUCAUUUGAAGGGGCGGAAGUACGUUCCGGAUCAUCACGCGAGUCACACGAGUUUGACGCAGGGUGGGAGGGGGGUUAGGAACGGGUCGGAGAGUAAUAUCCACCGGAUGACGUCGUUUGAGGAGCUUGCCAAGAAUAAGGUGACGACGGGUGGAAGUAAUAGCAGCUUGUUGAAGCACGUGAACGAUGACUAUAUAAUAAGGCAGAUGGUAAGGGCUAGGGGAAGUCGGAUGACGAAGAGUGAAAUUUACGAAACUGUGGACAGCAGUGAGAGUGGAAGCAACGAUCGGUACGAGAUUUAUGCGUCGAUCAACUCGCAAAAGAUUUCCAGAGGCCACAAGAGCGAUUACAACAUUCAGUACAAGAACAUGUCGACGAGGGGAGCAAUGGCCGUGGGGGAGAGUGUCGGUGGUCACGAUUACAACAGUAUCGAGUAUAAAACGUUCAAGACUCGGCAGAGCAGCCGAGAGAGUGGCAACGACAGCAGUCCCUUCGACUACGACCUACUGCCGGACGGGCGUCACGAGAACAGCGCCCUGCGAGACUACAACCGAUUCUUCAACAACGAAGACGACGACGAGGACAAGCUGCUGAACAAAUCCUCGGACGAAUCGUCCACAAGUCCUCCGCCCCACCGCCAGCAAGUGCAAUACGUCCAGCAGAAGCCCUCCCCGAUGAGUCCGAACGUCGAAGCAGUCCCACUCCUCUCAUCCCCAACAGUCCGCAAAACAUCCAUCCCAUCGUCCUCCUCGAUUCCCGUGAGCAACAGCAUGAAACGCAACAAAAAGCAACCCUCAACCACGGAACAAAACUUCCGCCUCGAGCUCUCUUCCCCGCUGACCUCCUCCAACCGCCGCCACGACGCACCCUCAAGCUCUUCUUCGCGCAUUCCGGUGAUCAAAUCGCCCACCUCCCCCACAAGCUCCCUCCAGGGUUCGCUCCGGCAGCCGAACCGAUCGCGCAUUCCAACGACCGCCACCAACGGCAGUCGACGCAUCGGCACGUCCAGCUCGGCGCACCAAAUUCAACAAAGCGGCGGCGCCGAUUCCAACAAGAUUCGCAUCAAGGUCAACCAGUCACAGUCGUACAGUUCCGGCUAGAGAAAACAAGGCAAGUACAGCUCUCAACUCCAUUCCAGUUUAAAACUCGUAGCUCGUAAGGAAAUUUAUUAUUUUACACGGAUCAGUUUUAAAACGAUGUGUUCGAAAGCGUUUAGCGCGCGUUUAGAGACGAAAGGCACGGCUCUCUCCUCAAGCCGAGCGAGAGAGUGAAAGGCUUUCUUAAUUUUAAAUUUUGCAGAGAAGUUUUUUUUUUUAAGAAAUGCUCAGUUGCGCGAGAACGCAAAUAAAAAUUUUACAUGAACGUGCAUUUAUUUAAAACAGAAACAACACAACUUACUGAAAGUAGGAACAACAAAUUGUGUUAGCAAAAAAAGUAUAGCAAGUAACACAGCAAAAACAACACAAAACUGCAAUAUAGAAACUCCACUUGAACUCUAGCUAAAUCCUGUUGAUGUUUAAAACGAAGCAUUCCCAAACUUUUUCUUUUAAGAAAAGGCAAGUUGCGAUUGAAAAUCGCAAUUUUUUGUGUUGGCGAAGGCUCGAAAUUUAUCAUUUUCCAACACAAACAUCCAAACAAAAAGUGUAGAAUACAUGUUAGAAGUUUAGCGAAAUAGUGCUUGUUAGCUCUCA